CCUCGUCCUCCGUCCAUGCUGGACAAAGUUAUGGUAGCAUUUCUCCAGCUUUUGGAAACAACAGCUGUUCUCGUUCCCAUAGUAGUGAUAGCGAUUCGUCUCCAUAAUCCAUGCGCGCUCCCAUUUCUCGGGUCGCUGUCUCCAUUUUGCUCUAAUUCCGUCUGGACUCCGCCACCACGCCCGGUCCAUGUGCUCCUGCUACUAACUGACUUCUGGUUUUGGCUACAUUUGGUGUACGAUGGAACGAUCUACGUGUUCUACGCUUUCAUGACCUCCAUCGUGGUCAUGUUGGAUUAUUUGGAGCACUUUCAAAAAUUAGUGCGGGAUAUUCGAACUGAUUCCACAACCGGAAAUGAUCUUCAACGCACUUUGGAACGUCGGGUCACCCAAGCUCUCCACACGUACCGAUGUAUCCGACUCAUCGAAAAAAUUCUAAAUCAUUCCAUGAAAGGCCAACUCAUCCCCGCCAUGAUCGGAGUUGUCCCACAAGUCCAAGUCUUCACACAAUUCGUGUGUAUCAAACUCUAUUCGAAAAUCCCGCUCCCAGGCUUCAUAAUUUUUCCCCUGCUUCUAAUCGAUGCCGCCAUUACGAACCUCGUGAUUGAAACCAUCGCAGCCAAAGUAAACACAAACUCGGUGAAAAUGUUGUCUGAAUUAAAUAACGAAUUAAAAAGUUUCUCAGCUAAGUCGAAGUAUCGGAAGGAAUUGAGAGCCUGUACCGCAACGAGGAUACAAUUUGGACAAAACUUUGUCGAUAAAGGGACUCCUUUAGUCAUCGAGAAUUUCUGUAUUAACCAAACCGUGUCAGUGCUUUUGCUUAAUGCUCGGAAUCAAAGGGGCAAGUAG